AUGCAGUCGUGGAUGAGCUGGGCCACCUUCUUGGCCAUCCUGGCCGCAGGCUACUUCUAUUACGCCCCGAAGCUCACCGCCGACACCAGAGGCCGAUCUACGGCACGCACAACGACCACCAGCUCCAAGCAGGUGGAUUGGAGCGAUUCAGACAGCAAGCCAAAGGCAGCUGCGAAGCAGGCUAAGAAGCAGGCUAAGGCCAAGGCUCCUCGCAAGAAGUCAAUUCAGGAUGCUGUUCAAGAGGCUGGCAACAAGGCCAAGGCCGAGUUUAACGCAGCUCCCUCCGCUGGCGCUGAUGCCAGUAACGACUCCUCGUCCGCUUCAUCGCCCGUCCGCGCUGCACCCACGGCCCCGAGCGGCAAGGAUGUUUCUGACAUGCUUCCUUCCUCCGUUUCCGUCGCUAAUGUUCUGAGCAUCAAGUCCUCCGACAAGCCCGCAAAGGCCUCCAAACCCAAUGUACAGAAGGUUGAGACUCCCCAGGAGACCAAGAAGCAGCGUCAGAAUCGCCAGAAGAAGGAGGCUGAGAAGGCUCAGCGUGAGGAGGAUGAGAAGGCGCGUCAGGUUCUGCUCGAGAAGCAGCGCCGCACUGCUCGCGAGGCUCGUGGAGAGCCCGCAAAGAAUGGUAUCGCUGCUAAGCUGCCUUCCAACAACCCUUGGGCCGGCCAGUCUUCUGGCGGUGCUGUUCAAGCCCCUGCUUCCGCUUCCACCGGCCAGCUUCUCGACACCUUCGAUGUCGCCUCCACUGCCAGCUCCAGCGCCACCAACGGAACUAUCAACACCCCCGAUACCGUCUCGAACAGUGGCAGCUACAAUGGUCUGCCUUCUGAGGAAGAGCAGCUGAGAUUGGCUAUGGAGGAUGACUCUGCCUGGACCACCAUCCCUAAGGGAGGCAAGAAGCAGAAGGCCGCUCAGGUCGCCGAGGAGAGCAACACUCCCAGCGCUGCCCCUGUGCAACCUGUCAAGCCUGCUCAGGUUCCUCAGGUCAAGAAGACUGAGAACCGCGCGCCCAUCUCGAGCUCGCGCUACGGCAUCCUCUCUGAGCCCUUCACCACUACCGAGAAGGACUCCGACUGGCCUGUUAUGUGA